AUGCCUGCAGGAGAAGAGCCCAAUGCCGCCUGGCCCAUCGCCGACGAGGCCUUGACCCAGAACCUGUUGGACCUUGUCCAGCAGGCUUCUCACUACCGUCAGCUGAAGAAGGGUGCCAACGAAGCCACCAAGACCCUUAACCGCGGAACUGCUGAGAUCGUCAUCCUGGCUGCCGACACCUCUCCCCUGGCCAUUCUCCUUCACCUGCCUCUCCUUGCUGAGGACAAGAAUGUGCCGUAUAUCUAUGUCCCCAGCAAGCUCGCCCUGGGUCGGGCCACCGGUGUCUCCCGUCCUGUGAUCGCCGCCAGUAUCACUACCAACGAGGCUAGUGACCUUAUGGGCCAGAUCCGCACCAUCAAGGACAAGGUUGAGCGUCUCAUGAUCUAA